ACACAUUGACCAAUGCCAACGCAUAACCGCCAAAGUCAAAAAGACGCGUUGUUAUUUUCCUACGGACAGUCGUACUGUGUGUUCCAGAAAGGUCAGAGGCAGUAGAAGGCUUUUUGACUACAAACAACAUGGAUGUUUCACGACGAAAUCCAACCAAAAAAGGAAAUAAGGAAAAUGCGGAACCAGCGCAUGAGCCCAAGCCUUCCAAAACAAGAACGGAUCCGGUGGCCCCUCGACCCUUCAAAAGGAUUGAAACGCAACCGAACCAAGAUGGUGAUUCCACGCAGGGUGACAUGCAGUUAAUAAAAACUGUCAUCAAUACCGUGCAGAAAAAUGCCAAAGCAAUGCCCGCCGGAAACGCCAAUAAAAGACAGACUCUCAGUAAGGCUUUUCUCACAGAACAGGCAGUCAAACAGAAGAAAAUCAUUGAGUCUGCCAAGCCACCUCAGCCCCACACCAAACCAGCCCCGGGACUGUAUAAGGGCAAAGUGAUCCAGUCCAAAAUUGGAUCUAUUUGGAAGACAAGUGUUGUAGCUAAUGAGGGGGAUAAGAAACCUACUGCCAGGCCUUCAACCGCAAAAGUAGAAAGCCGAAGGGUUGACCACUUAUCGAAGAGGUUGACCAUGUCUGUCGCAGACUUGCCAUGCCGAGCUGACCACAAGCCCAAAUCUACAAGAUCUAAGUCUGUGUCGGACAGGCCAUUGCCAGUCCCCAAGCGGCCGGUCACUAGCCGGCCCACAACUGCAUUGCGCACUGCUCCCCCUCCCCACCGUAGCACAAGGCCAGCGCCCCCCAUCUCUGCUAAGACCAGUGUGAUGACCAAAGAAACGGAGAAUAGGAAUGUAAGAGACAAGAAAGUCUACCAGCCUUCGGUUUCUAGCAGCCUCAGUCAGUAUAGGGUGCCCAUGGAGUCUGCCGCAGAAAGAAGGGCAAAAUUGGCCGACUGGCUUGCGUCCAAGGGCAAGGUUCCGAAGAGACCAGUAAUGUCUGCAACAUUAACAGCCAAAACACUGCCAGCCAAAACGAGUCGUGUCGAGCCUGAGCCCAGCCAGGUCCCCACUACUACGGCUGUGGUUCCUGUUCCCAGUGCUAGCCAGCCUGGAGAGGCCGCGAGGGGUGAAGACCCAGCCAUAGAUGCAUCGUCGCCCCUCACCAUGAACGCCACCCUGGACCUGCUGGAUAACUCUGAUUUGGAUCUACCCGUUUACCCGGAAGCUGGAGUGAAUGACAUUGUGGUGAACCUGUGCGAGGCCCUGUCAGCCCUGGCAACAGAUGAAGAUGAACUUCAACAGAAGGAUCAGUCUGACGAUUGUGAAAUGGCUGACGGCAUGGCAAACCAAGACAAAAAGGAACUGUCUGAGAAUGUCGCUGAUUGCAAGGAGGUGAAGGAGGAUGAAGAAACGGAGGUGGAGGUUAAGGAGGAAGAAGAGACAGAAAGUGAUUCAGAGGAGGAAGAUGACUGCAAGGAAUAUGAAAUUGAUGAAGAGGAGAGUGAAAUGAAGAAGACUGAGGCGACACCGAUGAUGGAGGAUGCGUCGUCUGUGAAGUACAACGUUAAAACCACCCCCUACCUGCAAAGUGUGAAGAAGGGCCUGCAGGGCGAGGUCCGCAGCGCGUGCGCCGGCUCCAGGAAGAGGCUGGGCAUCAAGGACCUCAAGUUCCUCACCCCCGUGCGUCGCUCCAGCCGCAUCCACCGCAACUCCUGCCGGCUGCCUCCCCUGGUGCUGGACCACGACCCCUGCGUGACCUCGCUGGCUGAGCUUGUCCAGCUGGACGGCGACGACGACUCCAACGCCUACAUUUACAGGAAAAACCCUGCCUUGCUCAAGGACUCGCCGGAUCCCGAGAAAGAACUUUUAAAUGAUUCAGAGUAUUUUUAAAUGAGUUGACUGUAUUGGGGUGGGGGGGUUUCAGUUACUGGAACUUCUCGGCAGAUUAGUUCCAGUAGUUUUAAAGCGAUGAUUAUAUCAAUGUUAUACACUAAAAUAACCAAGCUACAGAUAAGUUCUUUAUGUAAAAAUGUCAAUGAUACUAAUAUUAGUAGGGUUAGGUUUGGUUUGCCUUAAAGUGAAAUCCAGCGAAAGUUGAGCCCUGAGUCUUUUUCGGCAUGAAAACCCAUAAAAUAAGUCGAGUAUAGAGCUUGCCCAAAGUUGCCCGGAGCAAUUUGACCUCCCAAAUGGCUUCCAUGUUAUUGGCUAGGGGCACAGCGAACGCUUUUAACCACUAAUCUUGCUCAAAAUAGAACUAAAUCUCUGCAGUAGCAUGAUUAGGGUCCCUGCACAUAAAACAAAGCAUCAACAACUUAAAUAGCAUACCGGAGUAUAUUAAAGAGUGUUUUCCAAGUCUUAUAAGCUAAGUUGUUGAAGCUUCGUUUAAUGUGUGCUACUGUGAAGGUUUGGUGCCAUUUUGAGCAAUAUUAGUGGUUAAAGAAAUGAAGAUUUGGAAGCGUUGGCAGUGCCCCUAGCCAAUAACAUGGAAGUCAUUUGGGCUGUUGCCUUGCUCGGGGGAACUUUGGGCAAGCUCUAUACCCGAUUAUCAAUGGAAAAAAAGUGUCUGGGGGCUUAUUUUAUGGUUUCAUGCCGAAAAAGACCCUGGGUUCAAUUUGUCGGAAUGACACCUUAAAUGUGCAAACUGAUACAUGCCACCAACUUGUGAUGUAUAAAACAGACGUGUGUAACGGGAUAGACUACUCAAUAAAACCUGAAUUAUAUAUUUAA